ACGCCAUUUGCUUAUUCAACGAGAGGCCGAAGACAAAUUUGAUGAAGCUGAAACUGAAAUUAAAGUAUAAUUUAUAAACGUUGUUCUGUUCAGCUAAGCUCUAGGAAAUCCUGAAGCAUAAACAAGAUGUGUUUGCAUUAUGUAUACCGUAUACAGUUAGUCGAAACGUUCGCAAAGUACCGAAUACCUUUAAGUAUAGUUCGAAAUUAAAGUACGCGAGAGACUUCCAGUAGUUUGUGUUGUGAGUAACGAAGUAGUAACAAGUUAAAAGUCUUAAAAGUUAAGUUUUUGGAAAAUAACGUUUUACUCCAAGAUGAAGCGAGAAUUUUUCUUUUUGAUGUGUUUAAAUGGUUACAGAGGAUUCGGCGGCUCUUCGCAGUUUGCAUUAUGCCCGUGGUGGAAUCUGAGGAUUCUCGAAGUAUUUCUUCUGAUAAUGAAAGCGAUGAUGGUGGUAGCAGUCCCACAAAUAGACAAGAUACAGGUAGAAGUAGACCAGAUAGUCCCACUAGUGAACUGCGAAGUCCUGAUACACCAAGAUCUAGAUCCAGAAGUCGAGAUUCUAAUGCCAGUCGAUCUAGAUCUCAUAGUCCAUUGAGUAGAUCACAAUCACCGGAAGGAGUGAAUCAGAAUAAUGGUCCUAGAAGUCCAACGAGUCCUACAUCAGUUAGUGGCCACUCCAAUAGAAGCAGAUCCAACUCUGCAUCUUCUGACGAGGAAUCAAAUGCUAAACAACUGAACCAUCAGAGUGGGCCACAAUCGCCCAAAUCUAAUGCAUCGUAUCAUAGCGAGUCUCGUCCACAGUCGCGUGGUUCACAAAGUUCAAUCGCAUCUCGGAAAGUUGUUGAAAAAUCACCAGUUAGUUCAAGAGAUAAUUCUCCAGAUGUAGCAUCCAAAGAAGUAGUUCAACAAAUGCAAAGUCCGAAGAGUCCAAAAAGUGAAGCUGGUGCACAGGCCUCUGAUAGUGAAGAUAAUCGUUCAGUAAAAUCAGUGAGUUCAAAGAGUUCGCGUAGUAGCGUUGGAUCGAAAAAAUCAAGAAGGUCAAGUCGUUCGAGUUCCGGAGGUUCAAGAAGAUCAAGGAGAAGAUCCGGAAGUAGCAGCGAUUCUGAUUCGAGCGCCAGUAGCGUAGAUUCGUCUUCGAGGAAAAAUAAAGAUAUUAGAAAUACCAACACGCAACCUGAAGAUGUUUCAGACGGCGAUAUGGAGUCAGACCAUGAGAAGGACUGCAAUAAAAAGUCCAAACCCGACCUCAACAUUUCCCACGAAGAUCUCUCAGACGUAUCGGACUUGGAAGAUUCCAUGGGUGCCCAUUCCGAAGAAGAUAACGAUAUCAAACCUCAGUCUCGCAAUAGCAAAGAUGAAGGUAGGUUGUUACAGAACGGAGAUGGAGAUAAAAAAGAUAGUUUCGAAAAAUCUAUGAUGGAGAAGGUGCACAACAGUUCUCGAACUGAAGAUGUCGAGGAACAAUUGGAUUUCGAAGCGGAGGAUGGCGAGUGUGGCGAGAUUGAAACCAAAGACGAUGACAAAAGUAAAGAUGAAAAGGAAGAAGGUGAGGAAGAGGAUGGGAAAGAUGAAGAAGAUGACGGGGGUAAAGCGCAGAAAGAAGAAAAGGAACUGGAAGAGGGAGAGGUUACAGAUGAAGAUGACAUGCGUCCGGAAGAAACAGAACCCAGGCCAGUAUGCAGAUUUUUUUCGAGAGGCGCCUGUACUUGGGGAGCGAGCUGCAGGUUUUUACAUCCGGGAGUUACUGACAAAGGUAACUAUACAAUGUUUGAUAUGGUAAGACCAAUUCUACCUGGAGAAUACGCCAUGGGCCGAAUGGUAGACGACAGAAUGUAUGGAAAAGUCGAGCAGCCGAUGGUCGAAUCGGCUUGGGAACGAGGUUUGAGGACAGCCAAAGAGAUGUUGAAAAAGUCUAUAAGAAGAAAGGAACAGGAUAUCGAUUUUGAAGAGAAGAAAAUGAAUCUUAGCAUCGCUCAAGAGGAAUUCGACAAGGAGAAUGGGUAUUAUGGAAGGAUACCAUCGCCAGAGCCAAGAUAUGUCAGACAUAUACCAGACUACCCGGUCUCCCGCCCACCUAUGGAGGAGUACUACGGCCGUAGACAGGUGGUGUACGAACAAGAAUACGCUCCGCCCCCUAGGAGGGAGCACGUCAGACCCGCCUACCGAGAGAUGCCGCCCCAUAGGGCGCCCCCUCCGGAAUAUUACAAGUACGAAGAGGAACCGUCGUCGAGGGUACACGAAAGGCCGGAAGGACGGGGGGAGAGGGAACGGGACCGGGAACGAAGGAAACCGAAAAGAGAAGUCAUAGUACAAAGAGGGCCAGAAGAAAACAGACCAAGCAGAGGCGACGAAUGGCAGGAUCCCUGGAUGCGAUCGAAAUCGCCAGGCAGAAGAAAAGAACACAAAAGAUCAUACAGUUCUGGCUCCAGUUCAUACUCUAGCAGUUCAACAAGAUCUUCAUCUCAAACAAGCAAAAGUUCGUACAGAUCGAGAUCGAGGUCGGCAUACCGCACGGAGUCUUCGCGAUCAAGAAAAGGUGGCAGACAUGUGUCUCCUUCUAUCAUUGUGUCAGAGAGAAAGGCGGCCAAUGAGAGAGCGGCUUUGAUGAAUCCGCCAGCUCCUAAAAGAAGAGUGCCAUCGCCAGGUAUGAUGCGCGUGAGUAGCGCUGCUAACCCUCCAGCUCCCCUAAGGGAAGAUUUUGGCAGGGCCCGAAGCAAGCUAGCCGUGGCAGCCGCCAUUGCAAGGGUCAAAAGCCGAACUAAGCGAAUGUCAAAGUCCAGCUCGGGAUCUAGCUCGGCAAGUUCUAGCGAUUCGGAUUCGAGCGAUAGCAGCAGUUCAUCCAGCAGGAGCAAUUCUUCGUCUACAAGAGACGCCAGAAAAGCUACAGAAAUCGUGAAAGCUAUGGACGCCCUUAAGGGCGGCAACCUAGAGAAGACCAAAAUAAAACUUAACCUCAAAAAUCCGUCUGGUCUGCGGAAACCUGACUUAGCUGACGCGCGCAAACUGGACUCUCUGGCCAAGAAGAGGCCGGCCGCCUCCCCUCCACCUGGCGACCCCAAAGCCAAAAAGGCCACCUCCAGGAGGGAGGAGCUACUCAAACAGUUAAAGGCGGUGGAAGACGCCAUCGCCAAAAAACGAUCCAAAGUUUAACUGUCGCUUAUGGCAUAUUUGACAGGAGAAAUUACGUUUUUAUUGUUGGGUUUAUACAUGUGCCAAAAAGUUUGCUAGAAAAAAUUAUCGACAUAUAAAGGCGGAUUUUUGUGCAUCCGUCAUCCGUUGAUGUGAUCAUCCGACGACGGUCUGAUUUUUUAUAUUGUUUUGGUGUCAGUUUUUAUCCUAAAAUACACCUGUCCGUCAACGGAGAAAGUUCAAAUAAAUUUAACUUUUCGUAUGACAAGGGAUGUUUUGACAACUCUAAUCUAACCUUACCUUUUUUGGUGACAAAUUCUGGGCAUUUAUCGCUUUCAGGAAGUUGAUAUUCUCUUUCCAGUUUAUAUAUAAUUUUACAUUUUAAAAAGAGUGGUAGAAAAUUAAUAAUGACUGAUACUAAAAUUCGCGUAAAACGUUAUGGAAAUAAGAAAGCUUGUAUUGCUUGUUAUCAUUGGCAAAUAUUUUUGACCAAUCAUACAAGACCGAUAUGUAUUAUUCAAUAAACGGAGGGGAAGAAACUACGGAAUUUUCUAACCAAUCAAAGUUUUUAAAUUCAACCAAUAAAAUUAAUAUCGUAUCGUCGAAUAUCGGACACAUGAAGAUCCGCCUUAACUCUAUAAUAAAAAAUGUACUUGUUGCGAACUUUUUGCGGCCACUGUAUAUAGUUGUGUCCAGGCAAAUUAUUAUGAAUUAACCUUUAUUACAUAGGUGUAUCGAAGUUUUCUAUUUGCCUGAAUCCCAAGAAAUUAAAUUAAAAAUAAAAUUCGAUUUUUUUGUAAUUUUUAGAAACUGACAAGUCAAGACUUAGUUUUUUAAUAUCGACUAAGAUAAUUGGGUCAGAAUCUAAAUUGAAUUGAUUUUGAAUUUUAUGCUAUAUAAGGGUAUAAUAAGUUUUAAAAGUUGAUAAAAAUGUAAAUUAAAAAAACUGAAGCUUUUUUUAGUGUUCUUCAUUAAGAAUUUUCUUAUUAAUUUCAAUAUAUUUACUAUGGUAGUAGUUUUUAAGUUAGUAUGUAGUUGAUUUUACUUUAAGAUUGUAAAUUGUGAUACAGCAUUUCAGUUAUGAAAUGGAUGUCAUUAUAAUCUCAAAAAAUAAUUUAUAAAAAAUGAAGGGUUUAGGGGAUAACACGAUAAGCGCUAUUUUACUAAUUUUACAAGAGAUCCCUGGACGGCUUGUGGUUAUCAGGUUAUUUCCCUGUAUGUAUAUUUUUAAUAGGCAUAAAUUAAAAUAUCACAGGAUUUAACAGCUUAUUGCCCUGCAGAGUUUAUACCUUUUUUUAAAACCCUAAAAUUAAGAAAUUGGCGCAUAAUAUCAUGUUUUCCCCUGGACCCUUGAAAUAUGAUUUUAUUCAAGCUAGGGCACACAUGUCUGCUAAAUAUUUAUUUUGUAUCAAGUCUGUCCAACGAAUCAGGGAAGAUUUCAACAGACUACAUUCAAAAAAUGGCAGAAAAUACAAUUUACCUGCGAAUUACAAUGACAGACAUAACUGCCACUGUCAGGGAUCCUCUUGUUAGACAGACUAUGUUUAAUCUUACAAUAUUUGAAAAAUAUUAUCUUAUAUUAUGUAAUAAAAAAAGGAAAAAA